AUGACUUACUCUGGACUGGACCUAGCAGCACAUAAAACGAAGGCAGUUCUCUUCAUGAGCAGGAAGAAGGUGGAGUACAUUACCAUCCAGGUGGGCAAUUGCUACAUCACGUCAAAGGAGGCAAUUGAAUACCUAGGGGUAAUGCUGGACAACAGGAUGUCCUACGGAGCGCACGUGGAGUACUCCACCAUAAAAGCUGCAAGGAUCCAAGGAGCACUCUCAAGGAUGCUGCCCAACGGGGGAGGCCCAAAGGAAGGCAGGAGACGUCUUUUAUCCAGUGUUGUCACGUCGGUCUUGCUUUACGCAGUGCCGAUAUGGGCUGCGUCAGUCAGAAGACAACAGGGGCUUAAGAAAAAGCGGCUUUAG